AUGGAGCUGCUCCUGCUGCUCCUCCUCCUCUUCCUCUUCCUCCCCGGGGCAGCCCUGCUGCUCUACAGGCACGAUGGCACCUUCCACUACUUCUGCAAGGUGGCUUUCUUCAACCUGUGGCUGGUGGCUGCUGCCACCCUCCUGUCCCCCCUGGCAGCUCUUCGGGGACGCUCCGUGGAGAACAUGAAGCUGCUCAGAGCUGCCAUCCUGCCCCUCAAACGCUUCUGUGGCAUCAAGAUGCAGGUGUGGGGGCUGGAGCAGCUGGACCUGGAGGGGCCCUACGUCAUUGUUUGCAACCACCAAGCUUCUCUGGACCUCCUGAGCAUGGUGGAGGUGAUUCCUGAGCGUUGUGUGCCCGUGGCCAAGAAGGAGCUGCUGUACCUGGGCACGGUGGGCUGGGCCUGCUGGCUCAGUGGCAUCAUCUUCAUCGACCGGCGCCGCAGGGCUGAUGCCAUCCAGGUCAUCUCCCAGACAGCCAGGACCAUGAGGAGGGAAAACCUCCGGGUGUUCAUUUUCCCUGAAGGCACCAGGAACCAGGAGAAGUCCAUGUUGCCCUUCAAACGUGGGGCUUUCCACCUGGCUGUGGAGGCCCAGGUUCCCAUUAUCCCCAUCGUGUUCUCUCCCUACCGGGACUUCUUCAGCUCCAAGGAUAAGAAAUUCACCUCUGGGACCUGCACCAUCCGAGUCCUCCCCAGGGUGGACACCAAGGGGCUGAGCCCAGAGGAUGUCCCUGAGCUGACCCAGACUGUCCACCAGGCCAUGGCUGAUGCCCUCAACCAGAUGUCCCCAAACCACCCAGGGGACCAGCACACGGAGCAGCCUCAGCUCCCCUCCAGGCAAGGGCUGGCCUGGCUGCUGGUGCCACCUCCACAGGGUGAGAGUUUCCCAGCAGAGUGA